CACUUCCUGAACUUGUUUUAUUGCAACUUUCAUAAGAAUUAAUAAAUAUCUGUAUAUAUCUACCUGAAUUGAAGAGUGGAAAAAGGAAUAGAUUGAUUUUUCGAAAUAUUUUUUUUAACAAAAUUUUUUAUUAAAUUAAAGAUAGUGGUGUCUGCUGCAAUAAUUAGAUCGCUAGUUUAAAGAAAUAACAGAGUCCACGAAGUGAAAUAUAAUGGCUCAAAAUCUACCAAUUCGCUUUCAGGAACAUUUACAGCUCACAAAUGUGGGGAUAAAUGUAAAUUCCAUUUCAUUUAGCACAUUGACCAUGGAAUCAGAUAAAUUUAUAUGUGUUCGAGAAAAAGUAGGCGAAACAGCUCAGGUUGUAAUUAUUGAUAUGAACGAUUCAAAUAACCCUAUUCGAAGACCAAUAUCAGCAGAUUCAGCAAUAAUGAACCCGGCAAGCAAGGUCAUUGCUUUGAAAGCGGCAAAAACUUUGCAAAUCUUCAACAUUGAGAUGAAGUCUAAAAUGAAAGCUCAUACAAUGACUGAAGAGGUUGUAUUCUGGAAAUGGAUUUCGCUUAACACUUUAGCAUUGGUUACGGACACAUCUGUGUUCCAUUGGUCAAUGGAAGGUGAUUCUACCCCCAUCAAAAUGUUUGAUAGGCAUUCGUCAUUGAAUGGGUGUCAGAUAAUCAAUUAUCGAUGCGAUCAAAAGCAACAGUGGUUAUUACUUGUCGGUAUAACCGCUUUACAAAAUCGAGUCGCAGGGGCCAUGCAAUUGUAUUCGGUGGAGAGAAAAGUUUCACAAGCCAUUGACGGUCAUGCAGCUUCAUUUGCGCAAUUUAAGAUGGAAGCUAAUAAAGAAUUAUCCACCUUAUUUUGUUUUGCUGUUCGAGCGCCGCAAGGAGGUAAACUUCAUGUCAUUGAAGUAGGUACUCCACCUGCUGGAAAUCAACCUUUUACCAAAAAAGCUGUAGAUGUGUUUUUCCCUCCCGAAGCUCAAAGCGAUUUUCCAGUUGCAAUGCAAGUUUCGGCCAAAUACGAUGUCAUUUACUUAAUAACCAAAUACGGGUACAUACACCUUUACGAUAUUGAAACAGGAACUUGUAUUUAUAUGAACAGAAUAUCUGCCGAAACAAUUUUCGUUACCGCUCCCCAUGAGUCUAGCGGCGGUAUAAUAGGCGUCAAUCGUAAGGGUCAAGUUUUAUCUGUAACUGUUGACGAGGAACAAAUAAUACCUUACAUCAAUACUACAUUACAAAACUCAGAUUUAGCAUUGCGGAUGGCAGUGAGAAACAAUUUAUCCGGUGCUGAAGAUUUAUUUGUCCGUAAAUUUAAUCAAUUGUUUCAAAAUGCUCAAUAUGCUGAGGCAGCAAAGGUUGCCGCCUUGGCUCCCAAGGGUAUUUUACGCACACCAGCAACUAUCACUCGUUUUCAGCAAGUUCAAGCUCCGCCCGGUUCUACUACACCACCUUUAUUGCAAUACUUUGGUAUUUUACUUGAUCAAGGAAAACUUAAUAAAUAUGAAUCAUUAGAAUUAUGUCGUCCAGUUCUAAUACAAGGAAAAAAACAAUUAUGUGAGAAGUGGUUAAAAGAGGAAAAACUUGAAUGUAGUGAAGAGUUAGGAGAUCUUGUAAAAGGAUCUGACUUAACGUUAGCACUGUCAAUUUAUUUACGGGCUAAUGUUCCAAAUAAAGUUAUACAGUGUUUCGCGGAAACUGGCCAAUUCCAAAAAAUUGUUUUGUAUGCGAAAAAGGUGAAUUAUAAUCCUGAUUAUAUCUUUUUAUUACGGUCAGUAAUGCGAACGAAUUCUGAACAAGGUGUUAGCUUUGCUUCAAUGCUUGUUGCUGAUGAAGAACCCUUAGGCGAUAUAAACCAAAUAGUUGAUAUUUUUAUGGAGCAAAAUAUGGUUCAACAAUGUACGGCAUUUCUAUUAGACGCUUUAAAACAUAAUAGACCUAAUGAAGGUUCUUUACAAACAAGAUUAUUAGAGAUGAAUCUAAUUUCAGCACCACAAGUUGCAGAUGCUAUUUUAGGUAACGCGAUGUUCACUCAUUACGAUCGUGCACAUAUUGCGCAACUCUGUGAAAAAGCCGGACUUUUGCAAAGAGCUUUAGAACAUUACACUGAUUUAUAUGAUAUUAAGAGGGCGGUUGUUCAUACACACUUGUUAAAUGCAGAUUGGUUGGUCUCAUUUUUUGGAACUUUAUCUGUUGAAGAUUCUUUGGAAUGUAUGAAAGCAAUGCUUUCAGCAAAUAUACGACAAAAUUUGCAAAUUUGCGUUCAAAUUGCGACUAAAUAUCACGAGCAGUUAACAACUAAGUCUUUAAUUGAUUUAUUUGAGAGUUUUAAGAGCUAUGAAGGAUUAUUUUAUUUUCUGGGAUCAAUCGUAAACUUUAGCCAAGAUAACGAAGUUCAUUUUAAAUAUAUUCAAGCUGCUUGUAAAACUAAUCAAAUAAAGGAGGUGGAGAGAAUUUGUCGAGAAUCCAAUUGCUAUAAUCCUGAACGCGUGAAAAAUUUUCUUAAAGAAGCGAAAUUAACAGACCAGCUCCCAUUAAUUAUAGUUUGUGAUCGUUUUGAUUUUGUACAUGAUUUAGUGUUGUACCUUUACCGUAAUAAUUUACAGAAAUAUAUAGAAAUUUAUGUUCAAAAAGUUAAUCCUUCACGUUUACCUGUGGUGGUUGGUGGUCUCUUAGACGUAGACUGUUCUGAAGAUAUAAUAAAAAAUCUGAUUUUGGUUGUAAAGGGACAGUUUUCAACAGACGAAUUAGUUGAAGAAGUAGAGAAAAGAAAUCGUCUAAAAUUACUUCUUCCAUGGCUGGAAUCCCGCGUGCAUGAGGGCUGUAUUGAACCAGCUACACACAACGCUUUAGCAAAAAUUUAUAUUGAUUCUAAUAACAAUCCUGAAAGAUUUUUAAAAGAAAAUUCAUAUUACGACAGUCGAGUCGUUGGUAGAUACUGUGAGAAAAGAGAUCCCCACUUAGCAUGUGUUGCGUAUGAACGUGGUCAGUGCGAUAGAGAAUUAAUUGCUGUUUGUAACGAAAACUCAUUAUUCAAAAGUGAAGCACGAUAUUUAGUUCGUCGUCGUGAUCCGGAACUUUGGACAGAAGUCUUAUCAGAAUCAAAUCCGUAUAAAAGACAAUUAAUAGAUCAAGUUGUACAAACAGCAUUAUCUGAAACACAAGAUCCCGAAGAUAUUUCCGUUACUGUGAAAGCUUUUAUGACCGCAGAUUUACCUAACGAAUUAAUAGAGUUGUUAGAAAAAAUUGUCUUGGAUUCCAGUGUUUUUUCAGAUCACAGAAAUUUGCAAAAUUUACUAAUUUUAACCGCUAUUAAGGCUGAUCGUACAAGAGUUAUGGAUUAUAUAAAUCGUUUAGACAAUUACGAUGCUCCAGAUAUUGCAAAUAUUGCUAUAUCAAACCAACUCUUUGAAGAAGCUUUUGCAAUAUUUAAGAAAUUUGAUGUUAACACGUCUGCCAUUCAAGUUUUAAUUGAUCAGGUAAACAAUUUGGAACGUGCGAAUGAGUUUGCAGAAAGAUGUAAUGAGCCUGCUGUUUGGUCACAGCUAGCAAAAGCACAAUUGCAACAAGGAUUAGUUAAAGAAGCUAUUGACAGUUAUAUAAAAGCUGAUGAUCCAAUCGCAUAUAUAAAUGUGGUCGAAACAGCUUCCAAAAGUGAAUCUUGGGAAGAUUUAGUACGUUAUCUGCAGAUGGCAAGAAGAAAAGCAAGGGAAAGCUAUAUUGAAAGUGAAUUAAUUUAUGCUUACGCUAGAACAGGCCGAUUAGCAGAUCUUGAAGAAUUUAUAUCAGGACCAAACCAUGCUGACAUACAAAAGAUUGGAGAUCGUUGUUUUUCAGAUGGCAUGUAUGACGCUGCCAAAUUACUUUACAAUAAUGUAAGUAACUUUGCCAGAUUAGCACUUACAUUGGUUCAUUUGAAAGAGUUUCAAGGAGCAGUUGAUAGUGCUCGUAAAGCUAACUCAACCCGAACGUGGAAAGAAGUUUGCUUCGCAUGUGUUGACGCAGAGGAGUUUCGCUUAGCUCAAAUGUGCGGCUUACACAUAGUUGUUCAUGCUGACGAAUUGGAAGAUUUAAUAAAUUAUUAUCAAGAUCGUGGUUAUUUCGAAGAACUCAUAUCUUUGCUUGAAUCUGCGCUAGGUCUAGAAAGAGCUCACAUGGGAAUGUUUACCGAAUUGGCAAUAUUAUAUUCAAAAUACAAAACUUCGAAAAUGAGAGAGCAUUUGGAACUUUUUUGGUCAAGAGUUAAUAUUCCAAAAGUAUUACGAGCGGCCGAAUCCGCUCAUUUAUGGUCCGAACUUGUUUUUUUGUACGAUAAAUAUGAAGAAUUUGAUAAUGCUGUACUAGCUAUGAUGACACAUCCAACAGAAGCUUGGCGUGAAGGACAUUUCAAGGACAUAAUAACGAAAGUCGCAAAUAUUGAAUUAUAUUAUAAAGCAAUACAAUUUUAUUUAGACUAUAAACCGCUACUUUUAAACGACAUGUUAUUGGUUUUGGCUCCCAGAAUGGAUCAUACACGUGCUGUUAGUUUCUUUUCCAAAACGGAUCAUUUGCAAUUGGUUAAAACUUAUUUAAGAUCGGUACAAAAUUUAAAUAAUAAAGCUAUUAAUGAAGCUUUAAACGGUCUUCUAAUUGAAGAGGAAGAUUAUCAGGGACUUAGAAAUUCUAUAGAUGGUUUUGACAACUUUGAUAACAUAGCGUUAGCUCAAAAAUUGGAAAAACAUGAAUUAACAGAGUUCAGAAGAAUAGCUGCUUAUUUAUAUAAAGGUAAUAAUCGUUGGAAACAAAGUGUUGAGCUAUGUAAAAAAGACAGGCUUUUUAGAGAUGCUAUGGAAUAUGCUGCAGAGUCAGGGAGACAGGAAAUAGCUGAAGAAUUGUUGAGCUGGUUUCUUGAGCGUGGUGCAUUUGAUUGUUUUGCAGCAUGCUUGUAUCAGUGUUACGAUUUAUUACGACCGGAUGUAAUAUUGGAGUUGGCUUGGCGCCACAAUAUAUUGGAUUUCGCAAUGCCAUAUAUAAUUCAGAUAAUUCGAGAAUAUACAUCUAAAGUAGACAAAUUAGAUGCAAAGGAACUGCAACGUGAAAAAGAAAGUGAUACCGGAGAACAAAAAAGCAUAAUUUCAAUUGAACCCACACCUCAACUAAUGAUAACAGCCGGUCCAGGAAUAUCAAUGCCUGCGCAGUAUGCUGCAACAUAUGCUCCUGGGUACGCAACACCAAAUAUGCAAUAUCAGGGUUAUGGGAUGUAAUGUUCCAAAAAGUGGAUUAAAUUUAUUUAUAAUGUUAUCAAAUAUUUUUUUUUUAAUUUCAAAAAGUAAAAAAAGUAAAAAUCAAUUAUAAUCAUAUUUAUUUGUAAUAACGUCUGUUGAGAAAAACAGUUUCAUUUCUCAACAGACGAUAAUAUAACCACUUAUCUGUUAAAAAUUUCUAUAUGCAUCAUAAUUAUUAUACGCAAAUAUUAUAAAAGAAAUGAUGUAGUUGCUUUAUAUUAUCCCCCAUAAAAAUGAAGGAAAAUAUAAUUUGAAAGACAUAAAUAAGCAUUAAAUGUAAUAAAGUUCAUUUCUAUUACGAAUAAAAAAUGACAUAAUUUUAUUGAUA